AUGGUUGAUUCACAACUAGCUCAAUUGGCCGAGAGAGUUCCUUUCAACUCACCUUCUACUCUACCCAGACAAUCACAAACUAACCCUUCUAACAUUGUGAAACCCGACUCUUGCAAGGCAAUCACAUUGAGAUCGGGUAUGUCCUAUGAGAGUCCCAAGAAAGAGGAUAGUGAGGAAAAGCAGGAAAGAGAACAGAGUGUGAGUGAAGACAAGGAAGUUGAAGAAGAGAAAGUUGUUGAGAAAGAGAGAAGUAUGGAGAAAAAGAAGUCAGAAGAUGUGGUGACAUCUUCAACUCUUAGUGAGGCUAGGAAUCUUGAUGGACUAGUUCCCUUUCCUGGUCGACUUACGGAAAGGAUGUUAAAUGACAAAUUUGCAAAGUUCCUUAGUGUGAUGAAGAACUUUCACAUAAACCUCCCUUUCAUUGAAGUUGUCACACAAAUGCCUUCAUACUCCAAGUUAUUAAAAGACAAUCUCACCAACAAGAGGAAGCUUAAUGAUGAGCUUAUCACUCUCCCCCAUCAAGUGAGGGCACUUGUUCAACAUAAGAUGCCCAAGAAGCAAAAGGAUCCAGGAAGUUUCACUUUGCCGGUAAAGAUUGGGAACAUGGAAGCUAGGGGUGCCUUGGCCGAUCUUGGAGCAAGUCUACCUUGUGGUGAGCUUGAUGAUGUCCCUAUUCAAGGUGGGCAUAUUUAUGUGCCUUGUGAUUUUGUAGUGAUUGAUAUGGAGGAAGAUGUUGAUACUCCUUUGAUUUUGGGUCGUGAAGCUCUCAAGACUUUGGGGGCGGUUAUUAAUUGCAAGAACAACAUCAUUAAUUGUGAGGUAGCCAAUCAAAAGAUUGUUUUUGAGUUCUCUAAGCUACUCAAGACUUCCAUGGUUGAGAAGUUCUAUAGGGGUGAUGUUGUUAAUGAAGAGUAA